CUAGGUGGUCCUUAAGUGUGGGGGAAGUGAUGAACCCAUGCUGUUGGUCCUUACGAGUUUUUCUUGGCUCCACCUUUGGUUUGUUGCUUUUGCAGGAACAUGUCCCUCGACCAUCCAUUUGUGCAGGACUUGCGCCUGCACCUGGAGUACGCGGACCAGUUCCGCGCGGUGACUCAGGGGAAUUUUGGCACGCCACCACCAUCUGGAGUGGGCCGUGUUCGAGCAGCUCCACUGCAUGCAGGAGCUCAGCGCCGCCAUCAGCCACCCCGAUUGGCGCACGCUGCUGACUAUCGAUGAGCCCACCUACACGGAACUGGUGUGGGAGUUUUACACCACUUUCCAGUACGACAGCAAGGCGCCCCGGGAUUCGUAUGCAGUGACAUUCAGGCUGGGCGGCCACGCCCGGGAGCUGACCAUCGACGGGUUGGCCUAUGCCUUGGGGAUCGAGUACCACCCAUUCGAUCGCCACGAGGUCGAGAUCCCGCACCCAACCGACUGGCGCCAGGACUCGUUCUACCGCCGGAUAGCCAGGCGUGCCUAUGGACACGACGACUUCGAUCCUGGCCAGACAUACGUCAGCACCCUCCAGCCGCAGUGGCAUAUCCUGAACCUGCUCCUCACUCGCUCCGUCGUCCCCAACGUCACCGGCUCGCAUAAGAUUCCGAAGCGGGUGCUGUAUGCCAUGUACUCGAUGGGGUACCCGGAGCACAUGUUCCACUUGGGUUCUUUCGUGGCCACCACCUUCUCCCGGUGCCACGGGAAACCCAACCACCUCUACUGUGGUCCGCUGAUCACCCGUUUGGCGCUUCAUUUCGACAUCAGCUUCCAGGGCCUCCAUGAUUCUUCUACACGGGGCGGCUCCACCCCCCUCUGCCGGGAAGUGCUCCAUAAUGCACUCCUCCUGACCAAUGAUGGCACCCGCACCUGGGUGGAUGGGCUUUCUCUGCCUCCUGAUGAGGAUGAGGAUCUCGAUGACGAUGAGGAGGACGCUGACUAUUCUGGCGCGGAGGAUGAUGAUGAUGAUGAUGGCGGGGCCAUGGAUGCCGAUGAGCCGGAGCCCUCGCUCUCUCCACCAGGGGACCUUCGGCCACGACGGAGACAUGAGCGAGGUGAGUCCUCCUCCGGUCCUUCUAGUCCGUCGAUGGCUUCUGGCCCGUCGAUGGAUUUCUUCACGAAGCAGUUCCAGCAGAUGGGGCUCCAGUUCCAGCAGCUCGGUCUUCAGAACCAGCAGCUCAUGGACCAUCAGGUCCAGUUCUACCAGCAGUAUUCGGCCCACCAGGCCGAGUACCAGUCCAGGCUGCAGGUUAUUGACGAUCGCCUCGGCCGCUUAGAGACCCAUAUGGGAGUCACGGGUGCUCUUAUCGAGCGGGAGAGAGAUCGCGGCCGCCGACUGAUGGAGUACUCUGAGCAUCUGCUCCAGGCUUGCCACCCCCCAGAGGAGCACCACUGGACCACCCGGUGGGAUCAUUCACCACCACCACCGCCGGAUGAUGGAGACGACGAGCUCAUGAACCAGAUCGACUUCACCGGUCUAGGAGGCGGUUCCUAGUGCCGUGUUUUGAGUGUGUUUGUUUUUAUCAGUGUGCAAACUGUCUUGUGUUGGUUUGGUUUCUUUCUUUUUAUGUUGGAUUCUGUACUAUUGAGAUGACCAUUAGACCUGACGUAUUGUGUUGAGCUCUUUGGUUUCCUUUUAGCUGUGCUUGUCUUGACUGGUCCUCUAUCCAGUCCGCUUCACUCCGAAUGGUCCGUUUUCAGUCUCCUACGGUCCGUGCAUACUGGUAAUAUCGUUCCCCUUUCCCUUCCCUCUUCUCCAUUGAGGGUAAUGUCGAUCUUAAGUGUGGGGGGAUGUUUAUCUUUUGACUGCAUUAGAUCUGUUUGCGUGCUUGGAGCCUAGUCCACUGUCCAAAUUUUUAAAUUUGAGGGCUCCAAGUACGUGUUUCCUUGCAAUUGCCUGCUCAGUAUGCUUUGAAUUGACAGUCUUUAUAGUAAUAUGCAACCUAGGGAGGUAGUGUAGCACUAUGGAGGAUGUUGAUGCAUUUAAGAAGUCUCAUUUCUUUUUCAUAUUGAGUUGGUUGAUUGAGUGAAUUAGUGAUCUUAGGACCCUUGAAUUGUGUGGUGUUGUGGAUUCUCUACCUGUCAUGGACUCUUGUAUCAUGUUUUGAAAAUAACAGGUGCUCGGAAAUGUGCUUUAAAAUAACGUCUCCCGUGCGAAUAGGGCGAAAGUGUGUAAGGGGAGACGGGAAUCCGUUCCCAAUUUCCACCUACUACCUCCAGCCCCCUUACAUGUCUUUCCCCCGCACGAGGCUCGAGACAUUAGCUCCUGGCAUGGCUGGUAAGAGCUGGGCUCCCGCAAAACCUCUGCUAGGUGGGAGCCCCAUUUUCUGAAAAGCAGGUUGGGACCCUUUUAAAAAAAAAAACAGAAAACAAGCAAAAUAGAAAGAAAAGGGGUUCCAACCAUCUUCAAGAAGAGAAUAGAGCACCUUGAAAAAUGUGAGUCCAUGAUCCUUUGUUUUUGAGAAUCUCUUCAUCCACAAUUCAUUUGUCCUCUAUUCACUAUUUGCCAUGAUACCGACUCGAUACUAGUGCUCUCGCCGAAGAAGCUAUGAGAUGACUUGUGCGUCGGUUGACCUCGUAAGCUGCUAAAUGAUCUAGGAAGUCCUCUACUUACGAUCUGGGUUGUUUGUUGCUAUAGAGGUCUGGAGAGUUGCAUUGGUUUGAGUUAGGUUUGCUUGGGGACAAGCAAACGGUUAAGUGUGGGGGAGUUUGAUAGACCGAUAAUUACACGUAUUUUCACCCCUAUUCUUGAGCUGUUUGAGAGGUUGAUUCUCGGGUUUUAAGCCGAUUUCACGCGAGGUUGUGUGUUUAUGUCAUAUUUCAGGACCCGGCGUUGGAAUCUAGGCGAAGGAACGAGAUUCGGGUCGAGAGCAAGUGAGGCUUGAAGCGGGCUGGAGGAAGAAAAUACCCGGCCAUAACCACAAAUACCAGGCCGAGUAUUAUUCUGAGGAGACCGGGGAUUUCCCAUUUUGGCGUCUGAGAAACAGGAGGGGUCCCGGUCAUGAGGCUUAAAUCCCCGGUCGGGGAUUAUUGGAGCAGACCGGGGAUUUUCCCCUGGCAUGAAACGUGCGUUUUGAUAAUACCCGGUCGAGACCCAAAAUACCCGACCGGGUAUUUUGACCGGGUAUCGCGACAGGCAGCUGUUUUAAGGGAAAAGAAGGCUGAAAAUCAAGGGAUUCGAGUUUU